AUGCCGCCCAGGGGCGCUGCCAAACCCAAGAAGAGCCCGUGGGCAGUUUUUCCUCCGAAGACGUGCGCCAGUUGCAAUCGGGAUACGCGUUCUCAGGAUCGGGGCUGUCCGCGCUUGUCUUUCUUGGCGUGGAACAAGAAAACUAACUUGGGAGGGCCGUCUGGUCUGGAGUGCUACAGGUGCUUCGACGCGCGUCGCACUUUCUUCUUGAACACCUUCGGCGAGCUCUCGGAGGAGCGCCAGAAUGAUUCGGAGCUGGAUGCGAAGUUCUUGGCGAUGCGCCGUGACAGAGUGUCUGGUGGCAAGGAGUUCCAAGGUCAGGCGAAGAUCUGCGCCAAGAACUGGGUCCAGGUUUCCAAGGAGAGCUUCGGCGAACAGUUCGUCGAGGCGACUUGCGAGCCCAUCUGGGAUUUCGCUGCCACCCGAGGCUUGCCCAGGCAGUUCUACGACAAGGAGGUGCACUACGACGCCCUGGUGAAUCACAUCCAGACCGCGUGGCCACACAUGUCUGUCUACGUGAACGCUCGGGUUGUUACCGUGGUGGAGAUCCCAGACCAGAAUCCAAACGCUUAUCGAGUGAGACGCGGUAUUCGCGAGGGGCAUGCCAACGCCCGCACUGAGGACUAUGGCUCGAACGGCGGCAUGGCGCAGGAGGCCUUGGAGGCGGACGCCGAAAUGACUGACGGCAUCGGGCUCCCGCAGCCGAUCGGGCUCGAGGGGGUGGAGGCGGCUCCGUUGCAUGGGCCCGAAGCUGCUGACAGUGAGCCAACGAUCAUGGAGGGCGAGUCCCUCUCGUCGCAGCGCGCGCCAGCGGCGCCCGCCGCGACGAGGCCUCGAGCAGCGGCGGCCUCCGACGUCAAGGGCCCGCGCCCGCCGCCAGCUCCAGCUGCUGCAGUUGCUCGCGAUGGGGUGGACUUGUCAUCGCAUGGCGCCGCAGCGAAGUCCAUGGCGCGUGGUGGCGGGGUUGCGGCCCCUGCUGCGCGCGGCGUGGCGGCGGUGAGGUCAACCCCGAGCGGCGGCAACAAGCGCCGUGCUCAGCACGAAGGUGACGGCAAUGGCGCUGUUGUAAGCGAGGACUACGCGGAGCAGCAGCGGGGCGUCCGACGCCGCACGGCUGUCGACGCAGUCAUCGACGGCGCCGAGAAGGCCUUGAAGGAGUACGGACCUGCAUGGGGCUUCAAGCAGCAUUGGGAGUUGCGUUGCAGGCGCCGCGACUUCGAUAACUUCGAUAGCAGUCUGCAGCAAUGGGGUCGCAAAGCUGGCGCCGUCACGAACAACGAGGUAGCGACGGACUUGAGCAACAAGUGCUUCGAAGCGUCGGAGAACUUCCAAGCCCGCCACUUCUUCUUCGAGAAGAUACGGAACUCCUUCCACCUCGCGGUCAUGAGUGAAUUGUCUGAGGUAGAGCAGCGGCUGGUCAACGCGGCCCCUAAGGGCGUCCUCGCAAACAUCAUCGUGUCCGAGGCCGCGAAGCUCACGGGGAAGUGCAGCGACAAGGCGACGGUGCUUGCCUUGGCUGAGGUCCUCAAGUCGAAACGCAGAUCCACUCGUCUGUCUCUUGGGAUGUGUUCUGGCGUCGACGGCGGGGAGACGGUGAGCACAGCGCAGACGAACAUCUUCCCUGCGUUCUGCGACCGCGUGUUCAGGAACCAAGAUAGCCAGGGCAUCAUUCUGGUCAUGGCCGCUUUCUUCGGGGAGAUCCCUGAGGUUCCCGUCGACGUGUCCACCAUCAAGACUCAGGAUUCGGCAUGGCCAACUCUUGGUGACGGUGAGGUGUGGUACUCCCAGAUGGUCGUGGAUCUGACGUGCGUCUACUUUGUGGCGAAGUCCCUGAGCGUCCUCAAGGGCGGCGCGACUGCGUUCAGUGCGACGGACAUGCUGAUGGCCAAGGCGCUAGUCCAGAACGAGAAGCGGAUCAGCCUUAGGCUCCGUUCGCAUUUCCGCGUCAUCAACUGCUUGCAGGUCCAACAUCCUCGAGAAGCUUGGGAGGCUGUCAAGGACGUCGCAACGAAGGCUGACGAGUCCCUUCGGGCUCACGAGAAGCUGAACGUGGAGUUGCUGACUGAGCGGUUGAACACGAUCGACAGCGAGAUCACGGCGCACAAGAACAUCAAGGCAAGGGCAUUGGUUGGUGACAGCAACGCGCUGCAACAGAUGGGCGAGGCUUGGCGCGGCAUCCACGACGCCAUUGCCGACCUCCUCGAGGAGUCGCAAGACGACCUCAAGUCCGUCGCUAAGGAACUGAUUAAGUGCAUCGCGGCGCCCUUGCUCGACGGCGUGCUCAUCGUGGGCUUCGAGACGAACUGUUGCGACCAGCUUCGGAAGGUUCUUGCACCGGCUACCCGGGUCAUUCCCGUUUCUCUUCCGCCGCCUUUGGAAGAAGGCGAGGCCGAAGAGGGUUGCCCUGAGAACCCAGAAUGCGUGGACAGGGCUCUGUGGAUCGAGGCGGCCGUGAAUCUUCUGAACACCUUCGGCUUGAAGUGCGAGAAGUCCAACCUCAAGCUGAUGGAGCUGAAGGGGCACCUCAACGCAGCGAUCGACCUCUUCAGCUUGCUGAGAGUCGUGACCGACCCCCGCGAGUACGACAUCACCUUGGACUUGGAGCACUGGUCCGCGCCGUUCGAGAAGGAAGUGAUGGUCAGGUCGACCCGCGAGAAAUGUCCCAUGGAUAGGUCGACGCUCUUGGAGCCACGGUUGUGGGACUUCUGUCGGGAAUGGAAUCCAAAGAUGGUCACCGACGCGCUGGUUGAGUUGCUGUCCAUUCGCAUGGCCGCCGACCUCGGCUGCAGCCAGCGGGCGCUGGAUGCCGCCUCCACUUGGUCUUUGCCGAAGGUGAACGCCGACCUCGCGAGGAUUGGAGUUCUUGCCGCUCGCGUCGAAGAUGUCGCCAAGAAGCUGAAGGACAAGAAGUGGAAAGGUGGAGUCUUGGAGCUGACGAAGAUUCUCUCGGACGCCUACGCUUCGUCGAUGGCAGACUCCACCGUCGCUGAGCACAUGCGCCUGUUCAACACGAGGCGCCCUUCAUUCAGGGAGGCGCUGACAGAGUUGACUGCGGAGUGGGAUAGGCUCUUGAGCGCACACAUGGCCAAGUUCGACCUGCUGAAGACUCUGCCUGAUCGGAUGGCUGUGUUCAACGGCUUCGACGACGCCAUCCAGAAGUGGAGUUUCGGGAAGUUCGAUUGGGUUAACCACGAUACGGACCCUACGAUGACAGUGCUUGCCUCGGAUAUGCAGACCGUUGCCCUUCAGCUCCAGACUUGGUCUAGCGUAGUCGAGCGGGUUGAUUCAUGCGUGACCUUCGCUUCCGACGAGUGUCAGACGAAGAUCACUUGUCUUUUAAGCUUGUUGCCAGAGUACCGCAAGCUUUCCUCGGCUGCCUCUUUUAAUCUAGCCUGCGCGGUGCUGGUGACUGCGCGCCUCGAGAUUCCAGCCGGCAGCGGCGCCGAGCGGGAGCUGGCCAUUAAGGGCCUCGCGGCUGCCCGCAAAAUGGUCAACCAAGUUUUGAAAGUCUCGGAGGAAGCGCUCCCAAAGACCCUGAAGGAUAAGUUGAACGACUCGGAGUCGCAAGAGCCGACCGCGUCGGCGUCGGCAGCCGUGGGCGACGAGAAGGCAGACCCCGUCGCCAAAGAGAGGUCCAACGGUCUUGAGAAGAAUACUUCUUCUCGGAGGCUGAAGGCCUAG